AUGGCCGGCAAUGGUGGUGAGACGACAUGGUGUUUCAGUCAGGUGAAGGGUACUCUAGAAGAUGACGUCACAGAGGCCGACCUGAUUUCCUGUGUCGAGUUCAACCAUGACGGUGAACUGCUCGCCACCGGUGAUAAGGGUGGUAGGGUUGUUAUAUUCCAGAGAGAUGCGGCAUCGAAACAAUGCGUCCCAAAGAAAGGAGAAUACAACGUAUAUUCUACCUUCCAAUCACACGAACCUGAGUUCGAUUACCUGAAAUCAUUAGAGAUUGAGGAGAAGAUAAAUAAGAUAAGAUGGCUGAAACGGAAGAACCAGUCGCACUUCUUGCUGUCCACCAACGACAAGACCAUCAAAUUGUGGAAGGUUAGUCUUGUGUCAGAGCGUGACAAGCGCGUGACGGGCUACAACACGCGCGAGGAUGGCGGUAGACCGCGUGACCCCGCGCGUAUUACGCAGCUCCGCGUGCCUACCGUCCGCCCGGCAGAACUUAUGGUUGAAGCUUCUCCAAGGCGGAUAUUUGCAAACGCUCACACCUACCACAUAAACUCCAUAUCUCUCAACUCGGACCAGGAAACGUACUUGUCGGCCGAUGAUUUGCGUAUCAAUCUUUGGCACCUGGAGAUCACGGAUCAGAGCUUCAACAUUGUUGAUAUUAAACCUGCUAAUAUGGAAGAGCUUACGGAGGUGAUAACUGCGGCGGAGUUUCAUCCGACCGAAUGCAAUCUCUUUGUCUAUUCUAGUAGUAAGGGUACUAUAAGGUUAUGCGACAUGCGUGCGGCGGCCCUGUGCGACCGACACGCGAAGCUGUUUGAGGAGCCCGAGGACCCGCACGCGCGUUCCUUCUUCUCAGAGAUUAUCUCCUCCAUUAGCGACGUUAAGCUUAGCAACUCGGGCAGAUAUAUGAUGUCUCGGGAUUAUCUAGGAUUAAAAGUAUGGGAUCUGCGAAUGGAAACAAAGCCUGUGGAGACGUAUCCCGUCCACGAGUAUUUGCGCUCCAAACUGUGUUCGCUGUAUGAGAACGAUUGUAUCUUCGACAAGUUUGAGUGCUGUUGGAGCGGGGACGAUCAGCGGCUCAUGACCGGUUCUUAUAAUGGAUUCUUCAGGAUAUUCGAGCGGGGCGGCUGCGCGGGCGGCGGCACGUGCGGCGCGCGGCGCGGCGACCUCACGCUGGAGGCGGCGCGCGACGCAGCGGCGAGACCGCGCCAGCCGCUGCGCCCGCGCCGCGUCGCCACCACCGCCAAGAGGAAGAAGGAUGAAAUAAGUGUUGACUGCCUGGACUUCAAUAAGAAGAUACUCCACACGGCGUGGCAUCCACACGAAAGCAUUAUCGCAGUAGCUGCCACCAACAACCUAUUCAUCUUCCAAGACAAGUUCUAG